AAGAAGACAAAACACCGAUAUGACAUUGGGCGAACAGCAGGCCAACCAUUACCAAGCAUAUGCAUACUAGCGUACAAUCUGACUCGCAUUUCUCCUAAGAAGCUCCUGCUCCAGUUUUCACGGGUAACAGACGUUCCACGUUCUCUCCAUCUUAGGUAUUUGCUCUCUCUAAAAUCUUAGAGAAAGAGGGGUUCCGCUGAUGGACGCGGCGUCUCAGCUCGUCUACUGCGGGGCCGAGCCCCUCCGUUUCUCUUUCCCUUCGCGUCCUUCUCGGUUUACCUCUGUUCCGGUUCGUAGCCGAGCCAGAAAGAUCCUGGCCGUUGCCACUGAUCCGAAACCGACUAAGACAGGGCCUGCUAAGCCAUCACAAACAGGCCCUACCAACGGGUCUGCCAGGCCUCCAGCUUCUAAAGCUGUCAACGGCGUUUCCACGAGGAUAGGCGAUGUUUCGCAAGAGAUUAAAAGAGUGAGGGCCCAAAUGGAAGAAAAUGAAGAGUUGGCAAUACUAAUGAGAGGGCUUAGAGGCCAAAAUUUAAGGGAUUCACAGUUUGCUGAGGACGAUGUUCAGCUUCGCCUUGUGGAGGUUGAGGAAAGCAGCGAGUUUUUGCCUUUGGUGUAUGAUCCAGCUAGCAUAUCUGCAUAUUGGGGUAAGCGGCCGCGUGCUGUUGCAACACGGAUUGUUCAAUUAAUGUCUGUAGCUGGAGGUUUUCUCUCACGGUUGGCUUGGGAUGUCAUAAACAAGAAAGUUAAAGAGAAUGAAGUUGCUCGAGCAAUUGAAUUAAGGGAAAUUGUCACCUCUCUGGGCCCAGCAUAUAUAAAACUUGGGCAAGCAUUGAGUAUUCGACCAGAUAUACUGUCACCUGUUGCAAUGACUGAGCUGCAAAAACUUUGUGAUAAGGUUCCUUCAUUUCCAGAUGAUGUCGCAAUGGCUCUUAUUGAGGAGGAGCUUGGUCAGCCAUGGCAGGAAAUCUAUUCUGAACUAUCGUCUUCCCCAAUAGCUGCUGCAUCUCUUGGGCAGGUAUAUAAGGGCCGGUUAAAGGAAAAUGGGGACCUAGUAGCUGUCAAAGUGCAGCGGCCUUUUGUUCUGGAGACAGUAACAAUUGAUUUGUAUAUAAUAAGGAACUUGGGAUUGGCUCUCCGGAAGUUUCCUCAGAUCUCUGUAGAUGUCGUUGGGCUGGUUGAUGAAUGGGCUGCUCGGUUCUUUGAGGAGUUAGAUUAUGUUAGUGAGGGCGAAAAUGGAACACUCUUUGCUGAAAUGAUGAGGAAGGACCUUCCACAGGUUGUUGUCCCAAAGACCUAUCACAAGUAUACUUCAAGAAAAGUUCUUACUACAGGAUGGGUAGAUGGAGAAAAACUGUCACAAAGUACAGAAAGUGAUGUUGGAGAUCUGGUUAAUGUUGGAGUCAUAUGUUACUUAAAGCAGUUGCUAGAUACUGGAUUUUUCCAUGCUGAUCCUCAUCCUGGAAAUUUGAUCCGCACUCCAGAUGGAAAGCUAGCCAUUCUAGAUUUUGGUCUCGUCACAAGAUUAACUGAUGAUCAGAAGUAUGGAAUGAUUGAAGCAAUUGCUCACCUUAUUCAUAGGGAUUAUGGAGCUAUAGUGAAGGACUUUGUUAAACUUGAUUUUAUUCCAGAGGGGGUCAAUUUGGAGCCAAUCUUGCCGGUUCUGGCUAAGGUUUUUGACCAGGCACUUGAAGGUGGUGGAGCCAAAAAUAUCAACUUUCAGGAAUUGGCAUCCGAUUUGGCACAAAUAACUUUUGAUUAUCCAUUUAGGAUACCCCCAUAUUUUGCUCUUAUAAUCAGGGCAAUUGGGGUGUUGGAGGGCAUAGCUUUGGUGGGGAAUCCUGAUUUUGCCAUUGUAGAUGAGGCCUAUCCAUAUAUUGCACAGAGACUUCUCACCGAUGAAUCUCCUCGGUUAAGGAAUGCUUUACGUUACACCAUAUAUGGAAAAUCUGGUGUUUUUGAUGCUGAGAGAUUUAUUGAUGUUAUGCAAGCAUUUGAGAACUUCAUAACUGCAGCCAAAAGUGGAGGUGGAGAGAAUUUAAAUGGGGAUAUGGCUGAACUUGGCAUUCUACAAAGUCAAACUGGGUACAUCCUCCCUGGCUUCCCAUCAAGUACAUCUGAAACAAAGGAGCCCAUUCAAACGAGAGCAGCAUUAGCAUUUCUACUGUCUGAUAAAGGGAAUUUUUUCCGAGAGUUUCUUCUGGAUGAGGUCGUAAAGGGCAUUGAUGCAGUUACGAGGGAGCAGUUGGUACAAAUAAUGGCACUCCUAGGAAUACGUAAUCCUGCCCCUGUUUUUAGCAUGGUUCCUACAUUUGGACCAUUCAAACCUGCAGGUCUACUGCCCACAAUUACUGAGGAAGACCGUGCCAUAUUGAAUAAUGUUCAAAAGGUUGUGGAAUUCUUAACUGCAGGAAGUUCCCUGUCCAGGACUUCAAAUCAGGCUACAGAUGUUGCUCAAGUUGUCCAAGAAUUGCUUCCAGUAUUACCUGGAAUCUCUGCCACAGUGCUUCCUGAAUUGGUUAGUCGGUUGACAUCAAGAGUAUUAGCACGUAUAGUUCGAGAUACACUUUUGUAAUCAGGUUCCUACAGUCCAGCUGUUUAGAUAAAUUGUGCAUAUAUUUGUAUACAGAACAAUUGUAGUGCUACUUGAUAGCAUAAAGAAGUUAUACUGCCAACACAUUUGACCCACGAGCAAUUGUCCCAAAAUGUUCUUGUACAUGCUACUGUUUCUGAGUAUUCAAAUGCUCGAGUUGGAUCUAACAAGGUGUAAAGAAUGAUGAUUUCAAGCUGAA